GCAUGAAUAGGGAGACGCUAGUAUGUAACUGCCCAGCCAAGUCCCCUUCCGUGUGAUGAAACGGAAGUAUGCUCACGGCUGUAGGAUUAGAGACAUUCAGGGCAUUUUCGAGAAACUCACGUCCUGCAGUUAACAUGGCACAUCAUACACAUAUAUAGUAAAACCGUCGUUGUACCUCUUGAUAUGUGGUUCAGUUUAACAUGCGUAAAACGCGUGCACAAGCGCAAAUGAACACAAUUCCAUGGAACGCUUCAUUGCACGGAACGAAUGGAUUCAUUCUGCGCUGGCUGAUGGUCAAGGAAAGCCAGGGGAAAACGCUGGACAUUUGAUCUCAAGAAAGUGCAGCCUUUUAUGAAGCACAACGAAUGCAUCACAGAGAGCAUUUCGUUCAGAGAAGGUAUCAUAGAGUAACAAAUCCUUUUUGGGAGACUGUUCAGCAACUGUUUGGCUAUUUGAUCUUAUGCGCGCAAGUAUCGAGCUAACUUAUUACAUCAAAUGGAUUCAUUAUUUAAUUGCCUUCAACAGUCUCUGUUUGAUGCGCAUGGUUGGUUACAUUUGAAAGAGUUGUGAUGGUGGAUUAGAAUAAUUGGGCGGACACUUACUGUUAACACGUUUGUGCGUAAAUGAACAGAGGAAUUGAUAACGAAAACCGGCAGUGGCCCUUCUCUGUGCUUGGGGAGAAUUCGGGUGGGGGACACGCAGCCGAUUUCAUGUUUGCCACAAUAUUGGUUUAUUCCCCGCAGCAUUGACGUAAACAAGAACAUACAACUCUGUAAUAUUAAGUUAUAAUUACUCUCACAUUUCAAUACGCAAAACACGUAAAAUGUGAAUUAUGUAUGCAAAUAAGGAAGACCCGAAGUUGUUUCUAUUUCAAAGAGCUUUCAUUGACGUUGACUGCCAUUCCAAUUUCCUUCAAACGCACGUCCUUCACCGGCAGACCUAUUUAAUCAGUUACACAUUUUAUUUGGUGUCAGUGAGUGGAUACCAAUUUUGCACAAUAGGAGCAACAUUUAAUAGAACCAUUUAAUCUAGUCUAUCGUCAUUGCAUCUAUUUACAAAGGCAACCGUAGGCUAUGUCUAAAUGCCGGUUUAAAUACCCCUAUUCCAAAGCAGUCGUGCAAAUGGCUUCAUUCCCUGACUCCGACUUGACGACAUGCCCCCUAUGCAAACAACUGUGCUGCUCCUCUGCUCCACUCUCCUCCAACUCUUCUACCUCCUCGUCCUCGUCUCAUACCUCAACUAGCUCAUCUACCUCAUCCUCCAGAAGGCUCCACGUCCUCCCAUGCCUCCAUGCCUUUUGCAGGCAGUGUCUGGAGGGCCAGCGGAACCCCGAAGACCCCUUGAAACUCCGGUGCCCGACUUGUGACCUAAAGGUUCUAAUGCCCGUAUCAGGAGUAGAUGCCUUGCCCUCCUCAAACUUUUUAUUUAAGAACAUGUUGGAUGCCGUGGUAAAUUUGUCUGAGGAGCAAAUCAACAACACUGUUAGCAGCAGGGGCAACAACUUGUCUCACAGACACAGCAGAGAGCCCCUGUGCAGCUCUUGCAACGAGGGCAAUCCCGCUACCUCUCACUGCCGAGACUGCCAGGAGUACCUUUGUAACAACUGUGUAUGGGCACACCAGAGGGUCCGGCUUACCAAAGACCAUUUCAUUGAUAGACUAGUGGAGAGUCUGUUUCACCAACACCUGGGGAACCGAACCAACAACUCUAACAACACAGCUACUGCCACUCUGAGCCGGUCCUCCUUCCAGUCGAGCUACUCUCUGCUGCCUGUCUUUCAGGACAGAGAGCAUGACAAUGCGGUUCUGCAUUUCUUCUGUGAUACGUGCUCCGUGCCUGUCUGUAGGGAGGCCAGUGUGGGUUGUCACUCAGGCCACAGCCUCCUCUACCUCCAGGAUUCCUUGCAGGACUCCAGGACCCUCACCAUCCAGCUGCUGGCAGACGCCCAGCGGGGCAGGCACGCUGUACAGCUGAGCAUUGAGAAAGCACAGGCCGUUGCUGAGCAGGUGGAACUGAAGGCCAUGGUGGUCCAGUCAGAGGUCAAAGCCAUCACACAGCGUUAUAAGAAGGCCCUGGAGGAACGAGAGUGUGAACUACUGUGGAAAGUUGAGAAUAUCCGUCAGGUGAAAGCCAAGUCCCUCUAUCUCCAGUUAGAGAAGCUGCACCAGAACCUGACCAAGCUGGACAGCACCAUCUCUACAGUAACCCAGGUCCUAGAGAAGGGCAGUAGUCUGGACCUGGUGCUGGCCAGAGAGAGCAUGCUCCUCCAGAUCACAGAGCUGAAGGCCCUCAGGGAGCUGUUACUGCCGCAGGAUGAUGAUCGCAUCCUGUUCACCACCCCCGACCAGACUUUGCUCCUCGCCAUCCAGUCCCUAGGUCUGGUCAGCUCCGGGGCCUUCGCCCCCCUCACCAAGGCCCAGGGAGAGGGGCUUUGUCAGGGCUUGCAGGGUAAGCAGGCUUCCUUCACUGUGGUGGGGUAUGAUCAUGAUGGAGAGCUCAGGCUGUCUGGUGGGGACGGUGUGUCAGCUGUGGUGGUGGCGUCCGAUGGUAACCUGCUAAACGCUGAGGUGACUGACCAUCAGAAUGGGUUGUACACGGUCAGCUACCUGCCCAAGGUAGAAGGAGAACAUCUGGUGUCAGUCCUUAUCUGCAACCAGCACAUCGAAGGCAGCCCCUUUAAAGUGCUGGUCAAGUCUGGCCGUAGCUAUGGAGGUAUCCCCUUGCCGGUGGCCUCGUUCGGCAGGGAGGGGGACGGAGAUGGGCAGCUGUGUCGCCCCUGGGGGGUGUGUGUGGACAAAGAGGGCUACAUAAUCGUAGCUGACCGAAGCAACAACAGGGUGCAGAUCUUCAAGCCGUGCGGUUCCUUCCACCACAAGUUUGGUACGCUGGGCUCCAGACCAGGCCAGUUGGACCGACCAGCUGGGGUGGCCUGCGACAGCCAGAGGAGAAUCAUCGUCGCCGACAAGGAUAACCACCGCAUCCAGAUCUUCACCUUUGAAGGCCGGUUCCUCCUCAAGUUCGGGGAGAAGGGAACCAAGACCGGUCAGUUCAGCUACCCCUGGGACGUGGCGGUCAGCUCGGAGGGAAAGAUCCUCGUCUCAGACACCCGGAACCACCGCAUCCAGCUCUUCAGGCAGGACGGCACCUUCCUCAACAAGUACGGCUUUGAGGGGGCUCUAUGGAAACACUUGGACUCCCCCAGAGGCGUGGCCUUCACUCAGGAGGACCACCUGGUGGUGACAGACUUCAACAACCACCGUCUGCUGAUCAUCCGGUCGGACUGCCAGUCAGCCCGCUUCCUGGGAUCAGAGGGAACUGGUAACGGUCAGUUCCUGCGGCCGCAGGGCGUAGCAGUGGACCAGGAGGACCGCAUCGUGGUGGCUGACUCCCGGAACCACCGGAUCCAGGUGUUUCAAACCAACGGUAAUUUCUUAUGCAAGUUGGGGACUCAGGGUAGCAGCUUUGGACAGAUGGAUCGCCCAUCGGGUAUAGCUGUUACUCCUGACGGAAGGAUUGUUGCCGUGGACUUUGGAAACAACCGAAUCAUUAUGUUCUAGGCUAGGCAGUUUGUCUGCUGGUUUGCAAAGAAAGAAACAUUGAAGAGGAGAUUUUGAAACACACCCAGCAGAUGUAAAUGUCUUUGUCAGCAAAUGGAGACGGUAAUAUUGAAACUUGACCUUUUCUCUCAGCUUUACCUCUAUUUUGAAAGAGCAAAUCAAAGCAGUACAUGAACCAAUGCCAACAAGGGGUUAUUGUCAUAAGCUGACAUUUUGAACCCUAUAGUAGGCCUUCAGUGACAGUAUCUGGCUCGAUAGUUGUCUUUGCUCCUGAUGUGUGUGUCAAAAUCUCUGAUUUUCUCAGGGAAUUUCUUGCAUUCUUGAAAUGUUUCCACUGCAUCAUACCUACCUCAUGUAGCUGUGUAUGAAUGUACUCCUUUAUUAUUUGAUGCAGAGAUUUUGCCAGUGGAGUUUUGAUAAAGUAACUACCUCAAUGCAAGAGAAAAGUAUAGUUAACAAGAAGCAACAUUUGGUUGAUAUUUGCACAGAAAGCGCUCACACAUUUUCUCUAAUUGUUACUGUUGACAUAAAGCGUGUGAAAUCCCAGAAUGUAGCUGAGAACAAUGUAUUUCCUGUGUUACAUACAUGUGGAAACGUGGAGUCAGACAUUUUUUAUAAACUCAGCAACUGUUAUUUUUCCAUUUUGUUUUUAAAUAUGCCUCCAUACCUCUGUAAAACCUUUUUUACCUCAUGUCACAACCACAUAGUACCUCAGAACUCCAGUGUCCUCAGGUCAAUAGUAUGCUGAGUCCCAAAUGGCACCCUAUUCCCUAAAUAGUGCACUACUUUUGACCAGGGCCCAUAGGGCACUGGUGCACUAAAUAGCGAAUAGGUUGUAAUCUGAGACUCGUCCUGUAAAAUGGAUUCUCUCCACAAAAUGGCUGCUGCCAGUUUGCUAUAGGCAGGUUGAAUAUUUGAUAUCAGUGACCAUUGUCAGUUCAGUCAGUCGUGUGAUUUCAGCUUUAAGGGAAAAAACAUUUAACAAGGAAUUGACCAUCUUGAAUUGGGUGAAUCAUCAGAAUUGUUAUUUUCAGGGCAUCUAUGAAGAAUUGUGACUUGAAACUACUGGCAAUCAUCAUUGUUGUUAGAUUAAUUAAUACAUGCCAGGAUUAAUAUAUCCUAAGGCAACUAGUGCAUUCGGCCACAACAUAGUGAAGAUUAGACACAUUGGUGUGGGUUAACUUGGAUUUAAUCUCAACCGUGUCUGAACCCGAGUCUAAAUCUAUUUACUGAUAUCCAUUUAGAAAUCAUUGAAAUCUGUGUAGACUAACUUUCCUAAGAGUAGAGGGGUCUAAGAGUAGAGGGGUCUAAGAGUAGAGGGGUCUAAGAGUAGUGAAGUUUCAUCCUGAUAUUUUUUGAAGAACAACCUUUCUGCACAUGUUUGGUGGUUUAGAUUGGCACCCUAAUGACGCUACCAUGUUCCUUUCUUUGUGACUGUUGUUUGAAAAGUCUAUCGUUGCUUCUGGGCCUUGACUAUGUUCCCUCAAAGAAAGUCAUCCGUUUAGCUUUUUUUCCUUCAAAAUAGAAUGCGUCAAUCAUGGGAAACCGCAAGAAUAUUGUUUUAUCCUGGUGGCAAAUAAAAUAAUUUUAAAAAGUAAAA